AUGAACACGAAAUUCGUGAAGCUCUUGGCCCUCUCGGUCUCCUGCAGCCUCGUCGCGGGCGUGCCGCCAGGUUCGCGCGCCCUCCAACGCGGGCGGCGCGACGACGACGACGACGACGGCUGGGAUUGGGACGACGACUUCUGGGACGACGACUACGACUACGACUACUACUACGGCAUCAGCGUCGACGACGGCGAUCGGUGCGCGGAGCGCGAUGAGCGCUGCGACGACGACACGGCGUGCUGCGGCAGCGAUUCGUGCUUCUGGCUCGACGGCAAGGACUACGGCGAAUGCGGCAAGAAGUGCCCCGAGAACGACCGCUUCGAGUGCUACGUGCCCGAGUGCGCGGAGCGCGAUGAGCGCUGCGACGACGACACGGCGUGCUGCGGCAGCGAUUCGUGCUUCUGGCUCGACGGCAAGGAGCCGUGCAAGGACCACGGUGAAUGCCACAAGAACUGUCCCAACGACGACAAGUUCGAGUGCUAUGUGCCCACGUGCGUCGAGCGCGGCGAGGACUGCUCCGCCGGCGGCGGCUCGUACAUGCCCUGCUGCGAUUCCAGGGACUCGUGCUUCUGGAAGGACUCGGACACGGCCGAGUGCCGCCGCGAGUGCCCGGACAAUCCGAGCUGGGACUGCUACGUCGACAUCGCGCCCUGCGACGCCGUCGGCCUCGUGCCCGGCGAUUUCUGCGAGGGCGACGGCGAGUGCGGCACGGACCGGGGCCUCGACAACUGCGCCGAGGCCGACAUGUACGUCGUCGCGGGCGUCGGCGUCGACCUCGUCGUCGUCCUCGAGGGCGUGACCGCGGAGGAGUUCCGGAAGACCUUCGUCGCCGAGCGCUUCGCGGACGCCGUCGCCGCGGUCCUCGACGUGCCGCCGGCGGCCGUGGGCGCGCCCGUCGCGUCGGACGCGCGGCGGCGCCUCCAGGAGGCCGCCGCGCGGUCGUGCCGCGUCGACUUCGUCGUCGAGGUCGAAGAGGACCGGGACGUCGAGGAGGCGGGCGGCGGCGGGUCGUCGCGGCCCUCCGCCUCGACGCUCCCCGUCGUCGUCGGCGCCGCCGCGGCCGCGGCCGCCGUCGCGGUCGCCGCCGCGGUCGCGCUGGCGCGCCGACGGCGCACGCGGAAGCGCCGCGACCCCCCGGACCUCGAGAGCGCGGCCUCCGAGGAGGUGAAGCUCGACGACGAGCCGUCGCCCUACUCGCCGCGGCUCUCCUGGAAGACGCGCAAGGCGCGCCUCGGCCGCUCCUUCGCCUGGGACGACGCCGCGGGCGCGGGCUGGGUGUCGUGGGCGCGCGACGACGCGCUCGGCCUCCAGUUCGUGCGGCGCUUCGACGCCCGAGGGCGCCUCGAGCUCGUCGACGCGCGCGUGGGCUGCGCCGUCGGCGCCGCGGACGCGGCGACGCGCCUCGACCUCGAGGAUUCCGGGUCGUGGCCCUUCGCGCGGCGCGUCGCCGCGCUGCGGUCGACGCUCGAGGCGCUGCGGAUCCCCUGGCAGACGGGCCGCGUGUCGCCCGUCGUGACGCGGGGGCCGACGCUCCUCCAGGACUGCUUCGACGCGCUCGGCGGCCUGCGCGACGACCAGUGGCGCUGGCCCUUCUUCUUCAAGUUCGCGGGCGAGCCCGGCCUCGACGCGGGCGGCGUCGGCCGCGAGUGCCUGCGGCUGGCGACGUCGGCGAUCUUCGCGACGCACUUCGGGCUCUUCAAGUGCGCCGAGGGCGACGCGCUGACGUACACGGUCCAGGACGACGCGGCCGUCGCCGCGGCCGUCGAGGGCGGCGCGCGGUGGCUCAACUUCGCGGGGAAAUUGGUCGGCAAGGCGCUGUUGGACGGCGCGCACCUCGACGCGCACCUGAACCGCUGCUUGUUGAAGCACGUCUGCGGCGAGCCGCUGAGCCUGGUCGACCUCGGGUGGCUCGACGAGACGCUGCUGAAGUCGCUGUCGCAGCUGCGCGACAUCGACGUCGGCGGCCUGGAGCUCACGUUCUCCGUCGACGAGUCGGCGUUCGGGGCCGUGCGGAGCCGCGACCUCGUGGAGGGCGGGUCGUCCAGGGCGGUCACGGAGGCGAACAAGGAGGAGUUCAUCGGGUUGCGGCUGAAGGACGCGCUCUUCGAGACGUCGAAGGAGGGCAUCGAGGCCUUCCUCGCGGGCGUCUACGCCGUCGUGCCCCUCGAGGCGUUCCUGCUCGUGUCCGCCGUGGAGCUCGAGCUCAUGCUGUGCGGCGCGUCGGAGUUGGACGUCGACAGCUGGAUGGCGCACGCGCAGUACCGGGGCGACUUCGCGGAAAAGGGCGCGGACCACGACGUCGUCCGGUGGUUCUGGGACGCGGUGCGCGCCAUGGACGGUGCGACGCGGAGCCAGCUGCUGCAGUGGACGACGGGCCACGGCCGCGUGCCCGUCCAGGGCUUCUCCCACCUCAUGGGCCGCGACGGCGCGCUCCGGCCCUUCACGCUCACGAGCGUGGCGCUCUCCGCGGCGACGUUCCCGCGCGCGCACACGUGCUUCAACCGCAUCGACCUGCCGCUCUACGAGGACCCGGAGAAGCUCGCCGCGGCCAUCAAGUUCGUCCUCGAGUUCGGCGACGAGACCUUCUCGAUGGACUAACAAGUGCGUAGCAAACAGGCGUCGCGUCUUCCCGUGGCUCUCCCUACGCCUGCCCUCCCUCCCUUCGAGUCCUCCCUGUGCCGCGGCUAACUGGCACGGCGUCCC